AUGGACGAGAAACAGGAGUAUUGCCGAAAAGAGAACGAGAUCAGCAAGUUGCGCGGUCUGGCCCUCGCCUCCGUCGCCAUCACCGCCUUCGCCAUCGGCACCUCGAUCCUCAUGCUCCCGAUUUUGUUCAGUCAUGCCCAGACCGUCCAGUCGGCUCUCGAGCAUGAACUCCAAUUCUGCGCUCUCCGAUCUCACGAUCUUUGGGAUGAACUUCACAAGGUAAGCGACAAUAAUACUGAAAAAUAAUUUGCUAAAUAAUGAAAAAACCUUCAGGUCGAGAUGAUCAGCGGAAAGAACAGCAGAGUGAAGAGACAGUACGUGACUGGACCAGUCGGAGGAGGUUAUGGCGGCGGACACGGUGGAUACGGAGGUGGUUACGCCCAGAGACCAUUCGUCCAGCAGCCGGCUCCAGUAUACCGCCCGGCGGCUCCAGUUUAUCAGCCACAGCCUCAAGUAUCCUCUUCCAUUUGCAUCUUCGGACCACCAGGACCGCCAGGAUUCCCAGGAUCCGAUGGUCAGCCGGGAAGAGACGGAGAGGCCGGAGCGCCGGGACAACCGGGAAGAGACGCGGCCGGAGGAUACGCUCCGACUCCUGCAAAUGAUUGCCAGACUUGUGCACCGGCCAGGCAAGGACCACCCGGACCACCAGGACCACGUGGAGCUCCGGGACAGAACGGACAGCCGGGACAAGCCGACACUACCUCGAUUACCGGACCACCAGGACCACCAGGACCAGCCGGACAGCCAGGAAACGACGGAACUCCAGGACAACCAGGAAAGCCGGGAGCUGCGGGACAAGUCAUCGCAGGACCGGGAACCGUUGGAGCACCAGGACUGCCAGGACCUGUUGGACCGGCUGGACCAGACGGUCGUCCGGGAUCUGGAUCUGCUGGUCUGGCUGGACCUCAAGGACCGCCAGGAGACGAUGGACAGCCAGGACAGCCGGGAGCAGCGGGACAGAACGGAGGGCCGGGACAAGAUGGAUCUUCCGGAGGAUCCGGAUCUUGCGAUCACUGCCCACCACCUCGUGUUGCGCCAGGAUAUUGA